AUGCCCUCCCCGCAAGUCUUCGCUGCUACAGAUGGUGCAGUAUACACCACAUCCAAUGGUGCAGCUGUAGGGAAUCCCCUUGCCGCUGAACGUGUUGGUCCUGUGGGACCCCUCCUCCUUCAGGACUUCCACCACAUUGAUCUUCUUGCUCAUUUCGAUCGGGAACGAAUUCCUGAGCGUGUGGUGCACGCCAAAGGCGCUGGUGCUCACGGCUAUUUCGAAACGACCCACGAUCUCAGUGACAUCACAUCCUGUAAACUAUUCACUACCGUUGGCAAGCAAGUCCGUGUAACCGCCCGUUUCUCCACUGUCGGUGGAGAAAGUGGCUCCGCCGACACAGCUCGCGAUCCCCGUGGCUUCUCUGUGAAAUUGAGAACAGAAGAGGGUAACCUUGACUGGGUGUUCAAUAACACACCCGUGUUCUUCAUUAGAGAUCCCGCCAAGUUCGCGCCCUUCAUUCACACCCAGAAGCGUGACCCGCAGACUCACCUAAAGGAUCCAGAUGCGUUCUGGGAUUACCUAUCUCAAAACCCGGAGUCCGCGCACCAAAUCAUGAUACUGUUUUCCGACCGCGGAAUACCCGACGGCUACCACAACAUGCACGGCUAUUCUGGCCAUACCUUCAAGCUCUUGAAAGAUGAUGGCUCAUUCGUCUACACCCAGAUUCACUGUAUUGCUGAUGGCGGCUUCAAGGUCCUCGAUACUGCCACGGCUCGCGAUUUGUCCGCAGACAACCCUGAUUAUGGUAUUCAAUCGCUGUUCGAAACUAUAGAUGCUGGGAAAUUCCCGUCCUGGACCGUCUACAUUCAAACUAUGACUCCAGAGCAGGCCGAAAACUUCCGUUACAACGUCCUGGACUUGACCAAAGUUUGGCCCCACAAGGACUACCCCUUGCGCCCCUUAGGAAAAUUCGUCCUCAACGAGAACCCCCAAAACUACUUCGCCGAAAUUGAACAGGUUGCUUUUGCGCCCAGCCAUUUGAUUCCCUACUACGAGGCCUCUGCUGACCCCGUCCUUCAGUCACGAUUGUUCUCUUACCCUGACACUCACCGUCACCGUCUUGGCACGAAUUACCACCAGCUCCCUGUUAAUGCGCCCAUUACCCCUAUUGCCAACUUCCAACGCGAUGGUGCCAUGGCAUUCAACAACCAAGGAGCACGCCCGAAUUAUCAGAGUUCCAUUACGCCCUUGACAUACUUGAACAACAAGGGAUCUAUCAAGGGUACACCCAGAGACUAUAAACGAGCCGGACAGCAUGAAAGCUGGCUCGGUGGAGCAUUCUGGGACUUGAGCGAGAUCACCGAGCUUGACUUCGAGCAACCGCGUGCGCUCUACCAAAACGUCCUGGAUGAUGCAGCUAGGGCGCGCCUAGUUGCCAACGUUGCUGGCCACCUUGGUGGUGCUAAAAGCGCUGAAGUCAAGGCUCGGACUCUUUCUUACUUCGCAUCUGUCGACCAAUCGUUGUCCGAUCGCAUUGCCAAGGCUAUCGGUGCUCCCACUGCAAAGCCUUUGGCAGUUAAACCUGCGUCUGAGGCAGUUCGCUUCAGGCAUGGUGUUGGUGCUGCUGCGCAGAAGCUGUAA